UAAAUUUUCGGUCGGCGGAGGCCCCGAAUCGAGUCGAGAGCCGCGCGCAAACGGGAGCAUGGCGAUGCCGAUCAGCGCCUCGGCCGAGCAAUCGGGCAACGAGCGCCGCCAUCGCGCCAUCUGUGCGACGAAGGCGACGACCGACGAGCAGCGCCACCAUCGCCGCAACCAUCGCCAAUCGUGCUCGCUUCUGCUCGACUCGUCAGACGUGGACAAGAUCGUCGGUCGUAGACUCGGCACGGCCGAGUUUCGCGUGUCGAGCUGGAGUUUGGACAUGUUGGGGGAGACGAACGGAUUCCUGGGCCAGUACUACACUCUCUCGGUUACGAUGGAGGAUGGCGGGUCCCUGAGAUUCUUCGCGAAGACGCCACCGCCCACCACCAGCCCGCAGUACGACUUCCUGGUCCGGCACAACACGUUCAACAAGGAGAUCGACGUUUACGGUGAGAUAAUACCCGAGAUGGGGGUGGGGAGCGGGGAGAAGUGGUUGCCAGAUUACUACCUGGGCAAGAACGAUCGUAUAAUAGUUCUGGAGGACGCGGUGGACAGCGGCUACGCCAUGUUGGACAAGUACGAGGCGUACGGGAAGGGGCAUUGGUUACUGUUGGCGAGGGUGAUCGCGACUCUUCACUCGAGAUCGUUGAUACUGGACGAGAGGCUUCGACGGGGAACGGGAAGGACGUUGUUCGAGGUUUACGGCCAUCUGUUGGAAGAGGUGGCGUUCGUGGAGAGCGAGCCGUUGGCGGGCAAAUAUCUGUCCUCGUGCGUGAAAGGUGCCUGGGCCAUGGUCGACAUGAACGAGCGUCUGGGGGGGCGCGAGGCCGCGGCCAUAAAGGAUUGGAUAGGCGAGUGGGUGCCGAGAUUGCCUGAGUUGGUGGUGUCGUCCGACAGAUGGAGGAACGUGAUGUGCCAUCGGGACUUGUGGUCCAACAACAUCAUGUUCAAGAUGGACGGCGAGGGCAAGCCGGUCGGUUGCUACCUCGUCGACUUCCAAUUCCUGCGCUACAGCCCCCCCGCCUACGAUUUCGAGACCGCCCUCAUCCUCACCACCACGAGAGCGACGAGGCGCGAGUUUCGCGACCUGUUCCUCGACGUUUAUUACGACACGGUGAGGAAGGAGUUGUCGGACGAGGGCCUCGUCGCCGACGACUGUUUUCCACGGGAGGAAUUCGUGAAGAGUUGCGAGGAGGCGAGGACAAUGGCGCUGGCGUACGCGGUUGCCAACAUGCAAGUAAUGCUGCUGUCGAAGCAAGCGGUCGAGGAAUAUUUCGUCGGCUCGACCGAUAAGUUGGAACAUUACGUGUACGGCGAUCGACGGCCCGAUCUCAUCGAGAGCGAGUGCCGCGCCACCGACAUGUAUCGGACACGUAUCAUGGAGGUGAUCGAGGAAAUCGGCGAAUACAUCGCCUCAAAAGGGGGAAAGUGAUGAAGAAAAAAGGGAGGGGGAAGAGAGUGAAUCGUCGUGUCUUGCGAUACUUGUGAUACGUAGAAAGGACGGCCGGAAUCCUUUGCCAGAGCUUCGUGAGAGGACCCGUUGUUUAAUAGGAGGAAUAGUAGUGAAUCAGCGAACGUUCUGCCAACGCAUCGCGAAUAUCUCGUUGAGAAACGUUUAAUAUUUCUCUCUCUCGGUACGAGAAUACCGUUUCUUGACACGCUUCUCGAUAUUCGAAAUUGUUGUUACGUUCGUAAUAUCGUCGUCUGUAUGUCUGUAAAUAUAACGAUAUAAUUGUUCGAUUAUAUUCACCGUUCAACGAGAAUUUGGUAGCGUAUCCUCGAAAGGGCUUUUCAUACGUAUGCUUGUUUCGAUUAUUAAUAACUUGUUUCGCAAACAAGAAGUGUCGCACGCAAGAAGUGCUUUUAUUAUAUCGUUUUAAUCUCGUUUCUCCUUCUCCCUUUCUUUCUUCCGUUCCUCCCGUUAUGUUCCGCACAGCUUCCUUUUUUUCCCUCCCCCCCUUCUCAUGAUUUGCCUGUCAGCGAUACUGUGCACGAUAAUAAAGUAAAUAAAGUCACGUAUAUGGAA